AUGGCUCUUAGGCCAAUUGGCUGGAUAUGUGGGGAGAUUGUCAGGAAAUUUGCUGGACAAGCUGGAGUUAUACAGAGAGCCAUCUUGGAAAUUAUAGAUGAGAUUAGAGACGAAUUUCCAAAUCUAUUGAGGCUGACACGUUCAAACCAGGAAACAGAUCGCAGGGUGCAGAAAUCUGAAUCAGUAAUAACCAGGGCAUUCUAUUCAGCUCAUGGAGCUAUCAUUUUGAAUGGGCUAGCUACACUAUCACGGUCUUCAAACUCCAUUGCAAAAGUUUUACAGCCGCAGCUUGCUAGAAAAUUAACAGAGCUAAAUAUCUUAUCACGACGCCUUUUGAGAACAUCAAAUACUCCUAAACAGCCAUUGUAUAGGAUGCAAGACAAGAAAGUCUUCUUUUAUGAUAUCAUUUCCUACCCAGCAAAGGCUGCCCUUACCAGCAUAAUGUGUGCUUCUUAUGCAGCACUAAUUUUUCUGGCAGUCUCCAUUAACAAAUUGCUGGCAAAAAUAAAAGGCAUCAGUCAAACAGAAGACACUUCUAGGGAAAGCAGCAGUGAAGAUGUGGAUGAAAAUGGAUUUUCCAGAGCUAUUGAAGCAACUCCCCCCCUUCAACAAGAGUCUUCAAUGUUUCCUGUUAAAGCAUCACAAAAUAGUGGAAGCAUCCAUACUCUACUUGCAGCAAUGGAUCAAGAAAGUGAACAAUAAUGGUUCUUUUUAUAUAGUAUAGGCCCAGCUUGGACUUUUCAGCCUAUAUCCACAUUGUUUUAUUAAAUACACAAAUAUAUAAACAUGGUUCUCAAUUUCCAUUUGAGAAUUACCAAGUUUUUAUAUGCUUUGAGGCUGUGCAAAGCAUACAGAAGAUACAUUUUGCAAAGGCAGAAGUCCAAAUGAAGUAUU